AUGGACCAAUCUUUUGUUCUCACCGAUGGUUUGAAAAAAAUAUUUUCUGAGUUCUCUUCGUUGCAAGAGUUACCACACGCUUUUGAUGAUUCCCUGAUCUCGAAGCUGGUAGAUCAUCUGGAGAUUGAUGGAAAUAUAUGUCGCUGUGUACUAGAUGAAUUGGAGACUAAACCUUUUUCGAAACAUUCCAAAGUUUCCAGAUCAUUCCUUUCUAAGUUAACCGAGAAAGCCAUUCAAUCUGAGUUUAUUGAACAUCAGCAUUCUAUAGAAACUUAUGUGGAAAAGAGCUUGGAGGAUAUAGUAAGUGAAGAGAACUCGGAAGCAUUGUAUGAUAUUCUGCCAAUAUGCAUAGCUUUAUACAAAUCGAGGGGCCCUCCGAACAAUUUAAUACAGUUAUGUCUAUCAUUCCUACCGGAUGAAUCCCUUAGUAUCUUUGCUAGGAGGAAUUUAGAAGACUUAGUAUGCCUUGUUUCAUCAGACAUCGAAGAGGAGACUCUGAACACAAUAGUUCAAAUGUUUUGUGCAACCAAGUUCCCUUUAGUUCGAAACGGACUAUGUCGAGUACUAACAGCAAAGAAGGAUAGCCUGACAACUCAAGCUCGUUAUCGCCUUAUUUCCGACGUUCAACAAUCACGUGUAGAGGGAGAAAUAGUAUACAAGCUGAUUUCUGAUAUCAUAGAUGAUCUUUCUAUAAGUACUGAUCGUAAUUCUUGGAGUUCCGAAAUCGUUCGAACUUCGAUAUGCUUGAAUAUUGUUAAAAGGCUACAAGAUGAAGGAAUACGAACACAAAUCGCUCAUUCAGUCUUGAACAUCGCUCGUCCGAAGCUGCGACAUUUCACAGAGUUGCUGCCUUUCCUGCCCGAGACGAUAAUCAAAGAUAUGUUGUCAGUUUUUUCCAAGCAGUUCGAGAGCAAAACGCUUUGUCCCUUUUCUGACAUUGUAAAUUUUCUUGGAGCUAUUUGUACACGGGUAGAAAGAAAUGAAUUCUUUUCUCUUCUGGAUCAUUGUACAUCAAGAUUGUUUGAUUCUCCUGCAGCUCUUGAGAAGGUACAAGAAGCCUUUGGCAGUGAGGUCAUUGAUGAUGAAUGCAUGAAACAUGUUAAAGAAGCUUUGGUUCCUUCUAUCAAGAAUGCUAUGCAAGAAACACAAUGGGAGGAGAAGGAUACCGCUAUUGAAAUUGCUAUACUCUUUCCAUCCUUGAUAGAGUACUUAGGAGAUUUGAAUGAGCUUAUUCUUAAGAACAGUUCGCCUUAUGUAAGAGCUGCUGCAUUGCGAUGUUUCUUGAAGCAUGGUUCUAAAAAUGAUGAGGCUGCAUCUCUCUGUCUUUCUGUUUUCAAUAAUGAUAAUGAUCAAGAACCACGACGAAUGGCGAUUUCGUAUUUGGAGGCAAUACUUCCAAAUAGCUGUGACGAAGCUUUUUCUAUUUUGGGUAAAGCUUUAGAAGAUCCGGAUAUUGAUAUUCGCAAUUGUAUUAUUUCAAUUUGUCAGAAGGCUCUCCUCCAUAACCCUCUUUACAAGGUUAAUGUAGUGAAAGAGCUAAAUGAAUGGACUGAAGAUCCAGAAAUAGGUUCGAAAAUACGAAGUUUGCUCCAUCCAGACAGCAUAUCAUCAGUCUCGGAGCCUCUGGAACAUAUUCUAGCUGAGAUGAUGAUAGGGUUAUCAAUUGGUUGCACUGAAGACAUAGAUUGUUACUGA